AUGGAGUCCGAACGCAAUAUGACAAAUAUGGACAACAAACCCUACAGCGAACAGACUGUCUACGGAGGCGGAUACUUUCCAGACGAACUUCCAACGCGACCUGCUCCUACACGGGCAGCUGCCAGAUGGACAAAGCUGCGUGGAUUCUUCACCUUCUCGCCGUAUUCCUACAACUUCAUCCAUACGCCGGAUGGGCAGGCGCGAGUUCGGCGUAUUGUCAUGAUUGUUAUUCUUGUGCUCCGCAGCGCCAUAUCCGCGUUGAGCAUUGUAUCAGCAGUAAUCAACCGCAACGUGGCCGGAAUCGUCAUCUACAGUCUUCUGGCGAUUUUGAGCUUGUGGUUCACGGCAACUUGUUUGGCAAUCAUUGGUAACGCCGCUGGAAAUCGAAACUAUUCUGGACAAGUCAUUAAACGCUGGUAUUUCGAUAUCUUCUUGGGAGUCUGUCUGCUUAUCCAUGCAGGACUGAUUGUCGCUUGGUGCUUCGGACUCACGGGCUGGGUCUUGGAGGUAGCGGGAAUUGGAAUGUGGCUCGCCAUUCUCGGAGUUGCUUUCAUAGCGGGAUGGGAGCCAAAGUCCUACUCAUUGGUAUGGGUCACUUGA